UUUAUGUCAAAACGGGACUCUUGUACGCAAGAGUCUAUACAUGUACAAGGAGAGUGAAAAAUUCAUUCAACACGGCAUGAAGCAGAGUGGAACGCAUUAAGUGUGGCAAACGAAAAUAAUCCUAGUGUUUUUAGUGCAGUUUUUCACAAUUUUACCAUCACAAAAUGGCAAUCGAUACUCGCUAACUGGUUUGUUGUUCGGAUGUUUCUGCGGAAACCAGGAAUCCGUAGUGACCCCUCCGGGAAAAGUGAAAAGAGGCUAGCGUGUUGUUUUUAGGCGUGUGUGAGGAAGUGAAAAAAACCCACGGCUUACAAGAGGCACCAGACCACCAGUGAGGUGUCUGGAGGAAAGGUGCGACGUAGUGGUUCGGGUGGUGGAGAAAACGUUGGGGUGCUGAAAAGAAAAAUAGAUCAUUGGAAAAUCCCCUCGUCGCCAGGGGUGGCCGUACUUUUGCUACUACUGCGGAUAAAAGGAUAAUUUGGAACGGGAAGUACGGAGCAGGACGUUAUUAUGGCUGAUCAGAACGAGAAAAUUCUGCAUCGGUUACUGCAGAUCGACGGGAAUAACGAGUGCGCAGAUUGUGGGGCAAAGCAUCCCGAAUGGGCCUCGUACAAUAUUGGAAUCUUCCUGUGCACACGAUGCUGCGCCGUCCACCGGAAUAUGGGCGCCCACAUUUCCAAAGUAAAGCACCUGAAGCUGGACAAAUGGGAAGAUAGCCAGCUGGAGCGAAUGAUCGAGGUCGGAAAUAAAGCAUCCAAAAUGAAACAUGAGCAACGGGUCCCUGCCUGCUAUCGACGGCCGAGGGAGAACGAUCCGCAAAUUCUAAUCGAGCAGUGGAUCCGCGCCAAGUACGAGCGACUCGAGUUCUGUAUGAACGAACGACCCAUUUACACCUCCGGACACAUGGAAGGCUUCCUGAUGAAGCGCGGCAAGGAGGACAGUCGCUACCAGCUGCGCAAGUUUGUGCUUUCCGAGGCAGACGACACAUUGCGCUACUACGUCAAAGAGAAACGUGAACCAAAGGCAAUCCUAAGAAUUUCCGAAUUAAAUGUGGUAUAUGCACCGGCCAAACUGGGUAAUCCCAAUUCGCUGCAGUUGACGUUUAUGAAAGAUGGCACAACCCGACACAUUUACGUGUAUCACGAUGAUCCGAAAGAGAUCAACAACUGGUACAUGGCGAUACGGUGCGCUAAGCUGCACCGGUUGCAGAUUGCCUACCCGAGCGCUUCCGAGUGCGAUCUGAUGGAUUAUUUGACGCACGAUUUUGCUCGAGAAGGCUGGCUGCUCAAAACGGGACCAAGAACUACCGACAGCUACAAAAGACGAUGGUUUACGCUUGACGAUCGGAAGCUGAUGUAUCACGACGACCCGCUGGAUGCAAAUCCGAAGGGCGAAAUUUUUCUCGGCAAUCAGUUGGAUGGCUACAGCAUUCGGAUAGGGGCACCGGUCGGGGCAAAGGAUCAGGGUUUUAGUUUUACACUGUUCACACCGGAGCGAACGUACAAUCUAUCGUCGCAUAGCGAACAAGAUCGUGACGAGUGGAUGACGGUUAUUCAGAAGGUGCUCGAACGGCCGCUCAGUCCGCAGGACAGUUCGAUAUCUGCGCGACUUAUACGCAAACGCGGCGGAACGAAUUCGAUAAAUAUUUUCACCGGCAGGUAAUAAUUUUUAAUAUUUCUAUUUAUUUAACUUAUCAUAAGUUCAGGAAAACACGAUGCAUUAUGUAAUAGAAAGUUUUUGCGUCGCUUUAGUACCCCCACAGAAUACAGAAAACAGUUUUGUGUCCAUAUCGGGUAAUCGCCGCAAAUGGCGAAUAAUAGCAUGCAAAAACAAUUAAAACAGUUAAUUUAUAAUCCUAUUUGAAGGACUUUUAGUUUUAAGUGUGUAGUUGGAUUAUAGAAUAUACCUAUCUUCUUUCGGGAAGCGAGAGAAAUUGGAACACUCCUCCAUCCCAAUAGCUGUUAGCAAAUGUAUAAAGUUGGGUUCAGUCACAAGCAUAGGUGCAUAAUGUACGUACGAGGUGGGUUGCAUGAGAAGCUCCCAAAUGCAUUAUUCGCGCGCUACUUGAGUUUUUUCGAUGUUUAAAAAAAAAAUUUUUUUCUAUUUGUUUGCUUGUAAAGCACUGUAUUUUAAAAACUUUCAUAAAGGUUACAGUAAUUGUAGGUAACUUAUUGGCUACGGUACUAGCAUAAAUCGUACUGAAAUGAGGUAGGCGCGUGUAGGAGAAAUAGAUUUUUAACUAUUUUUUGUUGAUGCGUGAAUUUAAAGCUAACCAAUCGUCCGCGGGAAAACACAAAACGCAACAUCGAAAAUCAGCUCACGUGCCGACGGCGUGCUACACUCCAACACUGCCUGUUUUUCUUUGCCAAGUAACAUACAUACCAAUCGCAGGCAGACGGGACAAAUCGGAUCUAUAUAGGAAUAAUUUUUAUACAAAACUUUACACCCUCGUACACAGAGAUAGGAGCAAUAAGUCUGAUUUUUAUUGUGAAUAUGAAAUAAGGAUUAUUUAUUCUUGUUUAAGUACUUUUUACCACCGAACUAAACUAUUUUUGCAUGCGAAACUGAGUCCGGUAUCAGUCUCAGCGAAACCUGGUCGGGACAGUUGGUUAGCUUCUGUUAGGUGUAUGUAUGUUACGUGUCCUCUCCGUGAAAUGAGCGUCAAAUCGAAAUGUUUACUUGGACAGUGCAAUGAGAAUGGCAAUAGGAACAGUGUUGCUAUAAUAGGAAAUUCAGAUAGUAAUGCUGAACUUCUAGCUACGUUUUAUCUUUUGGGGAAAAUUUCCUCGCGGCAAUUUUUGACUGGAUGGGAUGGUAACGAGAUUCCAUACGGAAAAUACUAGAGAAGAGUAGGAAGAUACAUGCUUACAUACUGUUAGUCUAGAAAAUAUUUUAUCCAUGAUUCGGAAUAUUUUCGUUGAAUACUUCAGGGAACUGCGUUUUAAUUUCAGUUACAUUAGCGUCUUCAUCCUAGUUGACCUCCAAGUUGCAGAUGGAUGACAAGGGAACGUUUCAUAGAGCGACCUGAUCCAUAGCAUCUGCUCCUAAAACAUUCAAAGUUAGAGUUGGUUCCCACACGAUAACGACGAUGAAGUAUCGACACUUGUGUGCCGAAAAUGGAUUUCAGCUCAGUUUCGAAACAAUUUCCUCGUUUGCGGUUUUCUCAAACACAUCUACCUACAUAUCGUGCAAACCAAGAUUCGAAAGGUCAUCUUUUGUCAGCGUCGUAGGCAAAAUCUGUGACAAUUGUUGCCAGGGAAUCUAACACUAACUCCUUUCUCGAUGAGCCUUGGACAGAAGCCUGCAUAACAGCUCACGCUCCUGCUAAUAGUAUUGAAAAAAUGAAAAAUGUGUCGUUUUUGGAAAAUUUCAAUCGGAGAUUCGAUGCGCACUGAAAAUAGAUCGGCGACAAUUCUCUCUCUCGGUACUGGAAGGUGUCGAAUUGAAUUAGUUCAUAGCGGCUUUCGUAGCUAGUAGGUAGCCGAAAACGAUCCCACCAUGGUAGCUGUCUCAGAGUGAAUCGUAUAAAUUUGCGUUGGAUACCUUCAAUUCGGUCAAAACCGUUCAUAUAGUGCGGGCUUCAAAUUAUCGAACAUUACUCUGGAUGUGACCGGACUCUAGAGUACAGACUCUUUAGGCAAUAUAUUCCUCCAAGAUCCUUCACAGAACAUUCUCACGGAAUAAGCAAUUCUGAGAGAUUUUAGUCGAAAUUAAUAGAUUCUAUUUUGCAGAACAUUUUACGGGAUUUAGAAUCAUUCGAUUAUCGAUACACUACUCGCCAAAGACAUAGAAUUGUUUGAGUCUUUAAUUCACAUACUUGAAGUAAAGAAAUGAGUGGUCCGAGAUGGGAUGCCAGAUGUAGCUGCAAACAUUACAGAAUGGUUGUUGCCUAUAUUCACGCUGAGUUGACGGUCUAUGAGAUAUUAUAGGUCUGUUCUCUGUGGUAAGAUUUCGUAUGAAAAUAAUUGCGUAAACCCCCCUUUUUAAAUUUGGAACAAAUUGCAACCAGUGUACAACUAGAUUUGCAUUUUUCCUUAUUUCCCGUUCAAUUUUCCAUUCAAUGUAUAAGUCAGGUUUUGAUUUACUAUCACGGCUUAGUGUGAUCUCCAAACAUUUCGUUUCAAAUGAAAAUAUAGCUCAAAUGAAAAUGUAGCAAUUUGUAAUUUCGUUUAUAUUUUAUUUUUUCGAGUGAGGGAAAAGCCCAAUGGAGUGAAUCUUUUUUCAAGGUUCUCCAUCAGGCAUAAAACCUUCUCAUCUUUUGAAAAAAAAAAUCUAAUGAGAUUACAUUGGCCGAGUUUUGCUUUCGAAAUUUUUGCACUCAUUCUGGUUAUACUUCUUGAUAAACGUUUUAUGCUGUCAUGAAAAUACAACCCUCGAGCACAUAUGUGAAUUUAUUAUAUUCAUAAAAUAAAAUCAGGGAAAAAGUUAUGAACAAUCAAAGGCGGAGUGAAAAAUCGGCAAAAAAACCCAGGGCUGGGGUAGGCUGGCCGAGUUUGAUAAAAUAAGUGAAACACAUAAAAUGCAUCAGUGGAAAAAGUUUAUUAGUGAGAAAACAUCAUUUUGCAAUAUGGAGGUACAAAAAAAAAAUCACUGCUUACUUUUUAGUCUUUUUGACCUUUUUAGACUUCUUUCGGUAGUUUUUUUUAACUUUUCCUUCGCUACCCUAAAUCUAUAACUCGGCCAACCAACCCCACACAAAAUUCGGCCAACCUACCCCAAUGCAUAUUUUCGAGAACAAUCGCGAUUUACAAAAACAAAACUAAGGUUCCACUGGAAACUGUCAUAUCAUUUUGUUGGGUUUUGAGUACCCUUUCCAGCGGUACCGAGUUUUUGGAAAUCGGCUGUAUAUUGAUUCGCGUAACACAUACUACUUUACAAAAACAAUAAUUUACUCACCAGCGCCGGAAAAUGAACAAACGUGCUCCUAUACAACCCACAACUCAACAACACCUGAAAUUUAGUCGGUACAUGGUCGACCUAAUACCCCACCAAAACCACUUUAGUUGUCGCUACUGCACGUAAUAGCCUUGUCAUAAAAAGCACUAGGCCAGCCAGCCAUUGUCUCCCCUACCUUCUAAUCUCGCCCAGAGCAGAAACAAAAAAUGCUUCGUUAUACCUAUCAAUAAAAAGCAAGCAAUCAGUUGUACUGCUUUGUUGCUUAUCCACUACACGAGCAGUAUAGUAUAAUGAAAUGAGAAAGCCACAGAAAUGAAAAGUGACUACCAUUGCGACUGACCUCAAACAAACUCGUAUUAGGCCAAACCUGCGCUUGGUGGAGCUAUUUGCCAUAAUGUCACAUAAACACGAAUGUCACAUGAAUCCGAAUGUCAUUAAUCCGAAUACCACAUACAGCCUAAAGACAUUCACCCGAAUUCCAUUCAUUCGAAAAACAUCGAAAUAAAAACAAACUGCAGUAAAGUAAAUUUAUUAAACUGAAAUACAAUUUUUAUAUGAUUUACAUUUAGUAAUUAACACUUAAGCUAUACCUGUUAAAUAGUUUAACCAAUUAUCUGGUUGUAUGAUUUAAUUAGUGUCUCCAAGUUC